UUGAAGGACGAUACAAUAUUGAGAAUAAUGAUUUAGUUGAAGAGGAACAGCAUGAAGUUGGAGAAAAUAUUCCUAUAGGACCUAUUCUUGGAUCAGAGCUAGAAGGACUUGAUCCUAUUAAAUAUCCGUUGAUAACUUCUUCUAUAGAAUUAUCUGUUGGAAUUCGAUUUAGUUCUUGGGAAAUUGCAAAAUACUACUUAAAAGAGUAUGGAAGGCAAAAGGGUUUUGCGAUAAAGCGGUACAGAGUUGAAUUCGAUAAAAAUCGUAUAGUUAAAAAACGAACAUUAACUUGUAAAAAGGCAGGCAAAUAUACACCUAAUAAAACAAAACCCAUCGGUCAACAACGUAAUAAAGGCUCAAAGAGAACAGAUUGUAAAUGGCACGUUAAUUUGAGUAGACCUGGAUACACCAAUUACGUGCAUAUAACUUUUGCUUUAGAUGUUUCGAUGAAAUCUAAUGCAAUUCAGAAGAUUAAGCGUGAUAAAAAGAUUUCUGGGUCUGAUGCUUCUUAUUUGCUAAAAUUUCUUCUUAACCAACAAAAAGAAGAAUCUACGAUGUUUCAAACACUGGAUGCAACUGGUUCUGAGCCGCGUGUUUUCAUUACUGACAUGGAUCCCGCAAUGGACGCUGCAUGUAAAAGCGUAUACAAAAAUUCAUAUCACAUACAUUGUAUUUGGCAUUUGGCACAAAAUUUGCCAAAAAGACUAAAAUCCAAACUUGGUCACGUGAAAUUUAAAGAAUUUAUUAAUGAAUUUUGGAAAGCUCGAAAUUCAUUGAGUGUUAAUAUUUUUAAACAAUGGUUUCAAGCUUUAAAAGACAAAUACCCUAAUGCACAUGAUUACUUGUUCAAUUUUCUUUAUUUAACUCAACAAUUCUGGGCUUGUUUUUAUGUAAAUAGAAUAUUUACUGCAGGAAUGCAGUCAAUGCAACACGUUGAAUCACUUAAUACCCUUAUUAAUAAGGAAGUUUCUUCUAGCUCGAAAAGACUUUUUAGUAACAUUGAAGAGCUAAUUCAAAAACAUUUGUCAUCUCAAAUUAUUGAAGAACUUAAAAAUCAAAUGUGUGAAUCAGUUCUCUAUCAAUGCAAAAAAAUAGAAGUAGAUUCUGUUACUGAAUUUAAUGAGGAUCAAUUGAAACAAAUCAUAAAUCAGAAAGAACAUAACGGCGAAUCUAAUGAAAGUCAAAUGAACAUAGACCAAGACGUUGAGGCUAUGAAGAGUAUUAUAACUUCUGACAAAUAUAUUUAA